CCUUUUCCAUGUGGCCGCCAUACUGAUUAAGCAAUCAUGCCGCGAGUGCCACUAGUAGCUAGUAAGACCUACACAACUCCCAGACGUCCCUUUGAGAAGGAGCGUUUGGAUCAGGAGUUGAAACUUAUCGGAGAAUAUGGUCUAAGAAACAAGCGUGAAGUAUGGCGUGUAAAGUACACCUUGACCAAAAUCAGGAAAGCUGCUCGAGAGCUGCUCACCCUGGAUGAGAAGGACACCAAGCGACUCUUUGAAGGUAAUGCUCUGCUGAGAAGAUUGGUACGUAUUGGUGUGUUGGACGAAACCAAGAUGAAGCUCGAUUACGUGCUUGGUCUCCGUCUGGAAGAUUUCUUGGAGCGUCGUCUGCAAACACAGGUGUUCAAGCUGGGAUUGGCCAAGAGCAUCCAUCAUGCCCGUGUGUUGAUCAGGCAAAGACACAUCAGAGUAAGGAAGCAGGUAGUGAACAUCCCUUCCUACAUGGUCCGAUUGGACUCCCAGAAACACAUUGACUUCUCCCUGAGGUCUCCAUACGGUGGUGGACGUCCAGGCCGUGUAAAGAGGAAGAACAUGAAGAAGGGCAGUGGUGGAGGCGGAGAUGAAGAUGAGGAUUAAACUAUAUGAUCUCGGCCAAUAAACCUGUGAAUACAAA